AAGUAAGGAGGUUGGAUUCGGAAGCGUGUUUGUUUUAGCGGGAAGUGCUGCUAAAUUAAAGAACUAAGUGAUCAACAAAGUGCAUUUCUUGUGAAAUACUGCACAUGUAUCAUUUUUUUACUUUUUACUUAUAAAAAGGUAAACAACGAUUUGCGCGAUGGGUGUGCACGACCUGUGGUCCAUUCUGGGGCCGGUUCGGGAGUCGGUGCCGUUGUACAGCCUCACCGGAAAGACCCUGGCCGUGGACCUUAGCCUGUGGGUCUGCGAGGCCCAGCACGUCCAAGCAAUGAUGGGGAAAGUCACCAAACCUCACCUCCGGAAUCUGUUUUUUAGAGUUUCCUCUCUCACACUGAUGGGGGUAAAGCUAGUUUUUGUCAUGGAGGGAGAGGCCCCCAAACUCAAAGCAGAGACCAUGAGCAAGAGGUCAGACAUGAGAUUUGGGGGGUUCGACAAGUCAGCCCCUAAAAAACAAACUACAAAGACCACCAACAGGGGUCGCUUCAAUGCUGUGCUGAGAGAGUGUGCAGAGAUGCUGGACUGUCUGGGUGUCCCCUGGGUGACAGCGGCAGGGGAGGCUGAGGCCAUGUGUGCCUUUCUGGAUGCCCAGGGCCUGGUGGACGGCUGCAUCACCAAUGAUGGGGACGCUUUUCUCUACGGAGCGCAGACUGUCUACAGAAACUUCAACAUGAACACCAAGGAUCCACAGGUGGAUUGUUACAGGACUUCUAGGGUGGAGACAGAGCUGCAGCUAGCCAGGGAGACACUCGUGGGUCUGGCCAUCCUUCUGGGCUGUGAUUAUAUUCCUAAGGGUAUACCAGGAGUUGGGAAAGAGCAAGCUCUAAAACUCAUACGGACAUUGAAAGGACAAACACUUUUACAAAGAUUCAGCCAGUGGAGGGAGGAGGGCGUGGUUGCGCCAGAGUGGGUCCUAAAGAAGGUCCCUCACUGCCAUUUGUGUCGCCAUCCUGGGUCAGCCAAGGCUCAUGAGCGCAGUGGCUGUGUGUUGUGUGACAGCAAGCACUUCUGUGAGCCUCAAGACUAUGACUACCAGUGUCCUUGUCACUGGCACUGCUGUGAGCAGACACGACAGGCCUCUUCAACAGAUGCCAGCAUCAGGAAGAAAACACUGGCAAGUGAUAAAUUCCCUUUUACAGAGAUCAUAAAUGAAUUUCUGGUAGACAAAGACAAGCCUGUCCACAAUUUCAAAUGGAGGAAACCGAACAUGCUAUUAAUGCAGAACUUUGCGUACAAUAAGAUGGAGUGGCCUAAACACUAUACCAGUGAGAAGGUUCUGGUCCUGAUGACGUAUACUGAGCUGAUGAACAGAAAACAUGGAAGAGCGACGUUGUCUCUGAUAAAACCUCUACGUAUAUGGAAGCCAAGAGUAAGGAAUGCAAUCGCCAGCUUUGAAAUCAUCUGGAGUAAGCCAGAUCACUAUGUGUUUUCUGAGGACCACCCUGAGGACAGCCAGGACGAGGUGAGGACGGUGGAGGAAGAGGCUCUGUUCCGCCUGGCCUACCCACAUGUGGUGGAGCUGUACCUCAGGGAGAAGGCUGAGAACAAGACCAAGAAGAAGAAACCAAAGUGUAAGAAAGACAAGCCUUCGGAUCACUGUGGUGUUUCUGACCUCCUGGCCAAGAUGUCUUUGCACAGUUCCACUGCUGACAACAACACCCAACAACCCUCUGCCGUGGCAGCAGCACUGACCAUUACAACAAGUAACAACUCAGUGUUGGUCCUGGAGGGUCCAGAGUCAGAGUCUCCAAAAAAGCAUCUGGAUCCUGGUAAAGAACAUCCCCGCUUAGAAGUACGUCUUGGAGCUCAGAUACAGGAAGUGAUGACACCUCCGUCUUUCACUUCCUCUGGGAAGAUUCCAGAAGCAGCGACCCCUCCGUCUGUUUCCGUGGUGAUGGAUGCUCUUCACCUGAGUGACAUCGACUGGGAGUCUCAGUCAUUCACGUCCUCCCCGCCCCCGCAGGCUGCUGGCGCUCGCACUGCCACUGACCCCAAGUCACUCCAAACCACAAAUGAUAGUGUCGAAGAAAGGAUCACAAAACUGGGCCCCUCUACUGAUCUCAGAGCAGCAGAGGCCGUACCAGGGCCAUGUUAUGCAGAGUGUUCGCUGAGGGACAGGGUCCUAAUGAGAAACGCAUGCAAGUCUGUGAACAUGGCGGACAAUGAUGACGUCACCAUCAUACAUGUAAACUCCCAGUCAGCAGCACCCCCUGAUUUAAUUGAUUCUAACAACAGUGGCCCCAAGCCAAUGGCACUGAUACCCAUUAAAAGCAGCAAUGAUUCCAAGUCAUCAGAACAGCCGCUGGUGUGUGGCAAGAAAGCCACACUUGUUGAUAAAGACCAGAGCAUUGCAUUGCUCCAUAAGCCUCAACCUGCUCAUCACAUCUCAAAACCUAUCUCAUUGAACUCAACACAAACAGGCCCAGUCACAGCAACACAAAAAGGCCCAGUCACAGCAACACAAACACAAGGGGCUAAACAACAUGGUGCCGGUGAACCAAAGCCUCCACAGAAGUACAGAUUCGUAAAGAAGGCCAUAUCAUCUUCCGCUCUGCCACAAAGGAGCCACUCUGAACCUAGCGACACACAGCCUGGUCGGGAUGACAGGAACAUGAAGUCACAUCAAGAAACCAAGAAGAGUGUGUGUGCCAGAGUGUGUUCAUCGAGUGAGGACAGUGACACAGAGAACCAGUGUUGGGGAGGAGGGCAGAGCAGGGCCAAAGUCAAACCCAAAAGCAGGCACAGGUGCCAAUACCUCACAGACUACUCACUGAAACCCACCUCCAAACCCAGCACCUCUACAAAGGCAGCCUGGGACACAGUGACAGCCCAGCCCGUCAGGCCUAGAGCUGUGUCUGCCAGUAUGGGUGAACAACCAAUACGAGGCAGCUCUGUGUCUACCAUUGGAAAGUGCCAGGAUGUUCAUCCAAUUAGAGUUGAUGAUGACAUUGUGUUCAUUCCAAGCCCCGUUUCCCCAGUGACUAUGUCUGAUGGUGAUGACUCAGUGAUUUGCAGCAAGAGCCCACUGCCAUUGGCAGAGAGGGUGAAGCUGAAGUUCCUGAAAUGAGUGAUGUGAUAUACCAGAGGUGUUAGGACAGAAAAAAAGAAAUACUAUUUCCUAAUAUUAUUAUUUAACACUAUUCUAUCAAAACUUUAUCUAGUUUGUUCAGUAAGUGUAUUUUUAACCUUUGAUAUUGGCCUUUCCUUUUGUCUUCUAUGUACACAAUUGUAGUUUUCUGCUGCUAUAUCUUUAAUGGACUUACUGUAGGAGAUGGAGAAAUAUUUUACUCAUGCAGUUAGGGAGAGGGCAUUUUUAUUUUUAUAAAACCCUAUACUUUUCAAUGUUUUUCUGUAUUUAUUUUGAAUAUUCCACAGCUCUCAUGUAAUGAUUGGACUACUAAGGUACUGAUGCAAAUGCGCAAAAUGUAAAAGUUUGGACAACAAGGCUCUCCAAAUGGAAGAGACAAUCAUUGACCAAAUAAAGGUACAAUAACUUUUAUACCUUCGUUUGCGCAAAGGUCGAGCUUUUGUAAGCGAAUGAAAGUAGCAUCACCGUACUAAUAACCACAUAAACUUCCCGACGUGUUGCUUCCUAUAGCAGGCAGAGGGGCGCAAAGGUUCUCGCCCGUCAGUGACCCACCAGCAGUAGAGCGCGGUUUUAUGACCUGGCACGUUUUGCUCCCCCUUGAUCAUUAGUGAGCCGUUACACACCUAUUCAGACAUGAAAGAGCUGCCAGGUUAGUGUGUUUUACCCAGCUCUGAUGACAGCUGCAUCCUCCUUGCUCGUGCGUAUUGGCAUGCAUCGAUUUCAGACAGCAGGACUUUAUUGGCUAGGCUAAUUUGUUGAUAAUACUUCCUUCGAAUGGACAAAUAUAAGUAAUUUCUAAAAAUUUACUUAGUUAUUCUCUGAAGAUUUAGCUUCACGUUGCGUAAAAAUUGUUUCUUUCAGGUUUCACUUUCUAUCUGUCAUUGUCUACCUCACACAGACAAAACAUUAGCACCGUUAUAUACUUAACAAAAAUGUAAACGCAACAUGCAACCAUUUCUACGAUUUUACUGAGUUACAGUUCAUAUAAGGAAAUCAGUCAAUUUAAAUAAAUUCAUCAGGCCCUAAUCUAUGGAUUUCAAAUGACUGGGCAGGAGCCCAGCCAUGGGUGGACCUGGGAGGGCAUAGGCCCACCCACUUGGGAACCAGGCCCAGCUAAUCAGAAUAAGUUCCCCAGAAAGGGGCUCUAUUAUAUAGACAGAAAUACUCCAGAAGUUUCAUCAGCUGUCUGGGUGGCUCUUCUCAAAUGACCCUGCAGGUGAAGGAGGUCCUGGGCUGGCAUGGUUACAUGUGGUUGUGAGGGCAGUUGGACAUACUGCCAAAUUCUCUAAAACAAUG